ACACAUCAACCACUCUUUGUUCUGGAAGAACCUGGCACCUGCCUCUGAGAGCAAGCUCGAGGAUGGCGCGCUCAAGGCUGCACUCGAACGCGACUUCGGGUCCGUGGAUGCUUUCAAGAAGGAGUUCAACACCAAGACGGCUGCCAUCCAGGGCAGUGGGUGGGGCUGGCUCGUGCGUGGAUCCGGACGAGAGGGAUGGACGCGCAGUGACUAACGACUGGCCAGGGAUAUAACCCGGCCUCUAAGAAGCUGGAGAUUGUGACGACUUCCAACCAGGACCCUUUGAUUAGUAAGUCCUCGUGGCUUUUUCGUGCUGUUGGAGAGUAGCUCACUGAUGAUACAGCCCACACUCCCAUCAUCGGUGUCGACAUCUGGGAGCACGCGUUCUACCUCCAGGCAAGUCCCCACCUAGGUGUGCCAAACCUGCCUAACCGUUUCCGUACAGUACAAGAACGUCAAGCCCGAU